UAGGUCAUCAAGGUGUAGAUGGAAAACAUCACCUUCAACAGCUUUGUCCUCCAGCUGGAGGGCCUGAAGGUCACAGAGACCUCGAGGUAUUACGUUUUCCUCUUCUUUUUCUUCUCCUACCUCUUUAUCAUGAUGACCAAUGUGGGCAUUGUGGUGAUGGUGUUCAUGGACAGAAACCUCCAUCAGCCCAUGUACCUGCUGUUCUGCAACCUGCCAGUCAACGACAUGAUGGGAAACUCCAUCAUGAUCCCCCGUCUGCUGUGGGACAUCCUGAAGCCCCCGUCUGAGCGCCUCAUCAGUUACUACGAGUGUGUGGUUCAGGCCUUCACCUCUCACAUGUUCGGCACCACCUCCCACACCGUGCUCAUGAUCAUGGCCUUCGACAGGUACGUGGCCAUCUGUAAUCCUCUGCGAUACGCCGACAUCAUGACCAACCGGAAGGUGGUGACGCUGACCGUUUCCGCCUGGGGGGUGGCUUUCGUUUUGGUGGCGGUUCUGCUCGGUCUGACGAUCCGACUGAACCGAUGCAGGACUCUGAUCGAGAACCCGUUCUGUGACAACGCCUCGCUGUUUAAGCUGUCCUGUGAGAGCGUGGUCAUCAACAACAUCUACGGCCUGACCUUCACCGUGGUCCUCCUGACCUCCUCCAUCGGCUGCAUGGUCCUCACCUACACCAGCAUCAGCGUGGUCUGUCUGACCAGCAAGAACAAGUCUCUGAACAGCAAAGCCCUGAAGACCUGCAGCACUCACCUGUUCAUCUACAUGGUCAUGAUUUCCUGUGGUCUUCUCUUCAUAGUGCUGCAUCGCUUCCCUCAGUACUCAGACCAGAGAAAACUCGUUGCCAUCUUGUUUCACAUAAUUCCAGGGAGCCUCAAUCCGAUCAUCUAUGGACUUCAAUCAAAGGAGUUCCAGCGCUUUUUCCGCUCCAAACCCCGUUGGCCUCGUUUUGAUGCGGCAACUAUGCAGUUUUUCUUUUUUUCACGUUCUAAGGCAUAA